AUUUUAACCAAAGGCCAACAGUUGGGUGCAAAAAGCGCACAAAAGCGCACAAAAGCGCAGCCCCUCGCGACGACUACCGCAGCCCCUCGCGGCGAAUUUUCCGGUACCGCGCUCCGUCGCGCCGCAGGACCAACGCGGAGGCUGGUUGAGGGAGUAAGUCUGCCAAGGCAGUCUCAGUUGGAAGCGGGCCAAUGGCGUACCUGAGCCACGACGCCUGGGAGGCCCAGCUCCAGCACAAGGCGCCGCGCGCCAUCCUCGAUAGUUACAACCGGGGCUACGAGUCGUAUCAGGAAGAGAACGUGCCGCCUCCCCGAAGGCCGCAGCGCUGGGCGUCGCCCAGCGAAGCCUUGAUGCGUCGCCCUACGCCCGUGUCCCCGCUCGAAGAGGCCGACGCCCAGUUCGAAAGGCGGGCGACGGUCAAAGCCGCGCAUGCUUUAAAGGCUGACCUGGAAGACAUGCUCCGAUCAGGGCUCAAAGUAGUGGGAAACGACGCGAGGGAAGCGAAGGCGGCGACGGACUACCUGAAGGGCGACAUGGAACUCCGAAGGAGGGAGUACCAGGAGACGCAGCGGUCCUGCCAGACGCUGGAGCUCGCUCUGGAGGCACUGCGGCACGAGUCCGAGUCGAAGCGGGACUGGUUCGCGCGCCGAGAUGCGGAGCGGGCCGAGGAGGAGGCCUGGCGGCGGCGCGUCGACGCGGACGUCGCGCAGUUGCGAAGUGACCGGGACGAGUUGCGGCGCCAAAACUCGGAGCUGCUCGAGACGGUCAGGAGGAUGGCCGGGGGCGAUGGAAUGGAAGGGGACGUCGUCGCGCGGGCCCAGGUCCAGGCGCACGCCGCGGCGUCGGCCGCCGUCGUGCCGGUCCAGGCUCAUCUGGAGAGAGAAUUAUCUUUGGUAAGACGCCACGUCGCGGCCCUGCGGUCCGGCGGCUCCUUCGAGAACAUCGCGCCGGGUGACGUUGAUGAGGCGCUCACAUCUCAGCGACCGUCCGAGCUCCUCAUCAAGGGCGUCGUCGCCGGCGCGGUCUCCGAGGCCGAGACGAGGCUUGAGGAGAAGCUCGCCAAGGCCUUACCGGUGAAGCUCCAGCCGACGCUCGAGCGACACGCCGAGCGCGCCGCCAAGGACGCCGAGGACCAGGUGUUGGCCAAGCUCCAGGCGGCCGGGACGCGCGGCCGAGGUGGUUUGUUAGCUGUCUUGGGUGGCGACGCCGCGUUUGGAAGUGAAGCCGCCGACCAGGCUCAGGAAAGGAAGCGGAAGGUCGACGCGGCCAUCGCUCGUACGGAAGAGCACGAUACUUUAUUACGAGAUCUGCGGGACGAGGUGCGGCGCACUCAGGACCGCGUGAAGAACCGGGAGCAGUUCCUGGAAGAUGAAGAUCGAAAACGGACUAGAGAGGUGGAGGACGCCUGCCAGAAGGCCCUGGCCAAGGCCGCGGAAGCUUUGGACGCAACUAAGCAAACUCAAUCAUUCGUCGAUGCCGCGGAAGCCGCGGCGCGCACGCGACGGGAUCGCGACCGGGCGGAAGUGCUCCAGAAGUGCUCCGUGUAUGCCGACGAGGCGCGCGCCGACGUUUCGGCGUUGCGACGCCAGCACGCGGACACGCUCGCGGCCAUUUCCCAGCUAGAAGCCAAAGAGCAAGACAGAAGGAACCAGGCCAUCGCCGACGUCGAGAACAUCCCUGCUGUUAGGCGAGCUGGUGCUGCUUCUUCUCGUUUGGAUGCGCUCGAGGAAGGCGUCAAGUCGCUGGAGACGCACGUCCGCGGCGCCAUCGAGACGUCGCUGAGAGAACGCCAGGGCGACCUGGAGGUGCACGAUCGUAGAGUGAAACGCUUGGAGGCCUGGCGCGACGGCGGCGACCGCGUCCUCGGUGCCGAGGCGACUUUAGAGAGAUUGGCCGACGCCGACAACCUGCUCAGGAAAGAAGAUCAGUCCCAGAACCAACGGUUAGCCGCCAUGGACGAGCAGCUCGCGGCUUUGAAAGCCCACGCGCAGUCGCUCCAACCGCAACGCGUGGCGCGAUGUGAACGGGAUGCGCAAGAUGCCCUCGCGAAGGCGCAAGCGGCCUCCGAGAAUUCGGAUCGGAGGUUUUCCCAACAAAGAGAAACGUUGGAGGGCAUCCAGAAGAAGUACGAGGCCUUCUUGACCUCGUCGAAGCGCCAGGUCGAGGAACUCCAGGACAAGUUCCGCACCACACAACAAUAUGAGCGAAGAGUCGCGACGGUGGAAACGGAGCAGAACGAUCUGAGGCAGUUAAUACAAAGACACCACGGCGAGCUCGCCGCGUCGCAGACGCUGGCCGUCGAGAAGCUCGCGAAGGAAAUGCGCGAUCUCGAGAGAGAUCGACGGGUGGAACUAGAUGGCGUCCGGAACGUGGCCAAGGGUGCGCUACAAAGGACGGAUCGUGUUUUAGUGGAGUUAGAUGCCGUCGCGCGGCGCGUCGACGAGCUCCACUCCGAUGUUAGAUUGGAGCACGGCCGCGCUUCCUUCCAGCGCGCGUCGUCACCGAGUCACUUCGGCGGCGAUGACAAGACCACGACGUCGCCGCCGCCGCCCUCGUCAUCUUCCUCAAAGCGGCAGCAGGCGCCGGGGUCCGUGCGCACGGUGCUCGCGCGCGGCGGCGGUGUCCCUUCGGAGACGGCGUCGUCGUCCACGAAAUCGGACGACCCGCUCGGGCGUUCCAGAAGAGUGGUCCUGUCGAAGCCCAAGGACGAGGCCUUCUCGUCGCCGGUCGAGAAGAUCAAGCCGAAGAAGAAGAAGUCGCCGCCGCCGGAACCCGUCGAGGAGGCCAAGGCGCCGUCACCCAAGGCCUACAAGUCGCCCUUCAGUGACUCCGAGGCCUCCCUGUCGGCUCGCAAGCCCUACAAGAGCCCCUUCGGCAACCCCGACGUGCCCGCGCCCGCACCGUCGCCGCCGCUGCCCGGUAGAAGCUCCUACACGCUGCCCGACGACGAGACGCUGCCCGAGCCCUUCACCAAGGAGGCGUCGCCGCCACAAACCGCGCCGAAGAAGCCCUACCGGAGCCCCUUCUCGCCGGCGCCCGCGCCCGCGCCCAUCGACGGCCCGGCGAAGAACUCUCCCUCAAACAGCGACAACUCCUGGGACGACUCCGAGUCCGACGAUGGUGAUAUUGCCGAGGCGCCGCAACCGGCGCCGUCGUCCGACGACGAUGAAGUGCACAUCCCGACGCUGGGGGAGGCGUCGCCGGCACAACCGGCGCGCACGCGCCGCACGCUCGCGGACUCGCACGACUCCGCGUCCGUCGACGACAUCCCCGAGAUCGACACGCUCGACGCCGUGAGCGCGUCGCCCCAGUACUCGUCGCGGCUCGGGCGCCAGGCGUCCGUCGUCGAGGGCGAUGAUGGGGACUCGUUUGAGGAGAGCGACUGAGUUUCCCCGCGUGCUGCCGCCGGUAAGAAGUUUUACUACA